AUGAUUGACGCGCCACCAAAAUCACCAAGUCGCCCAGUGCGCCUCCGCAACCCAUCGCAUAGCGCCGUCCUCCCAACGCCUACAGCCUCACAAGCGCAAACUGACGAAAUUCAACCCGAUCCGUCCUUUUCCCUCCUCUUGUCUCUACCGAGAGAACUCCGCGACCGCGUCUAUGUGUAUGCACUAGUUUCUAAUAUCCCGUUCUUAUGGCCUGCGACAGCGCCCGAAUCCUAUUCCAACAAACCUCGUAACGUCAACGUAAAUAUUCUUCGGACGAACAAACAGGUCUACAACGAAGCUGUGGACAUUCUGUACUCGCAAAACAAAUUCUUGUUCACGCACCCUAGCGACUGCAACAUCUUCCGUGUUGUCACAUCGCCUGCCUCCGUCAAUAUACAGAGCGUAUACUUUCGAAUAAAGGACAAAGAUCUGGGACUGUGGACAGCAUAUCUAGGGAGCAAGAGAGAAGAAAGGAGUCUAAGAGGGGAUCUGCCAAAAUUGAGAAAUCUCUGGGUAUUCCUCAGAUUGGCAGUGUGUCCCCACUUCAUAUCAAACGUACUGACAGGGCCGCACGGCGGACUUGUCGGUCCUAUAGGAGGGACCCAAGGAGGAGUGGGGGGUGGUGUACAAGCCGUUCAGAAUGCCAUGGGACAGCAGAUACACGCUCUACAGCAACAGGUUCAAAACGCCGUAAACCAAGUCUUUACAAACGCGCAAAUCGUUGGUGGUGGAGGCGGCCAUGCUCAUCCCGCUGGUAACGCGAACCAGAUCCCUCCUCCACCUCCACCGGCUCCAGCAAUGCCGUUCCCUCAAUUCAUGCAAGGAGCGUUAGGUCUGGGUGCUCAUACACAUCAUCACCAAGGUCCGCCUGUACCACAUGCGCAUGGCCAGCACAAUCACCCGCCAAACCCUAGUCCGCUGGCGCAACAUCUUCAACAGAACCAGCAGGCUAAUGUUCCUAUUCACCAUAUACCUGCGCCUGCCAAUCUAGCUACAGAUCCACACCGACUAUACUCCUCAUUCGUUCGAUCCGCCCGCUUCAAAGUCAUUGAAUCACUUUGUCUACAAUUGAACGACGUACUAAACUCUCGAUCAUCCAAAUCUACACCCUCCACAAUUCCGGAAAUGGCCCCGGCUUCCAGCAAAUCACCCCCCACAACGAUCGAAUCCACUUCAUCUCCAUCUAAUACAGAAAUCAAGAUUGUGUGUAUUUUGAGACCGGGGAAGAGACAAGUAGAGAGGUUGCUUUCAAUGUUCCCGGAUGAAUUGUUCCUAGAUCCGGUAACGCAAGAUGCGAGGACAAAAUUUAGGAAAAUGCAUGGAGUAGAGGUUAGCGUGGAGUUUAAUGGGCUUACGGAUGUGGAUCCGGGAAUGGUGAGGGCGGGUGAGGUGAUGAUACCAUGGGAUGGUGGAUGGGGGUGA